AUUUUCCGAUCGCUGAAAUUUCCGCCGGGAAGAACGGGAAAUUGAUAGUUCCGACGAUGGGGGGAAUAAUUCGAUCGCUGACUUCUUCCAGUGUGGUUAAUAUUCUCGGCAAUUCGCUAAAGACCGUUUCUUCCCGCAGGUAUGCCAGCUCGAACCGAGUUAAGCGCAUAAAAAAACCAGAAAUUACGGACCGCGAUGCGAAUCAAGCCAAAUCAGCGGCUAUGCGAGCGGAAAACGCGGAACAGGGAGCACUUUUCGCCGGCAAACGAUUCCAAUCCGUCGCACAAUCCCUGUCCUCCCGGGGAUACCUCCGUGCGGUAAAACCGUACCAGCCACCGCCAAAUGUUGAGGAACAACUAGAGAGCAUAGCGAAAGCGAACGGAAUUACCGACCGCAAGGGUGUGUUCGGCGGAUCAGAACAGAAGUUUGCCUUUUUGGCCGCUUGCAGUGAAGCGUUCGGCCACUCCGUACCAAACUCGGUACUGCAUGAAGUGCUGACAGUUGAGGAUGCCCUCGUGUUCUAUCAGACACCGAUCGAUACGAGACUUCCGUUGGACGCCAUCCGCAACAUGGAGCUGCCGGAAAACCUGUACAUCCAGCAGGACGCAGUACGCUUCCACCCGGAAACGGAUACGAUGUUCGGUGGAAAGUCUGCCUUCCCCAAGAGCUCCACAAUUGUUACCGGGAUCAAGUACAAACAGAAAUAUCGUGGCCACGAAGCGAAAAAGUCUUGGCCCUAGGUGUGCAUUAGCAACUGUUGGCCGUUCGCUGCCUCGUAGUCAUAACUCGAAAGUCAAGGGAAUGUAAUAAAUGUGUUAAAACA